AAUCAUUCUCUCUUUCCCUUUCGAUCGGACAUGGAAGAUUCGCCGGACCGGCGAGCGGUUAUCAUCGGAGUUUCUUCUUUCAGAUGCAUCUUCCAACUAUUCUGUCUGUUUUUGAGGGGUGAUCUGGAUUUGAUCAGUUACAGGACUUGAAUAGGUGCAACGAGUGAGCUAAACUGAUGUUAUUUGCUGUGGAAGGAGGAGGUUUUUUCUCUUCAUCAGCUUCUGGAUAUAGCGAAGGCCUGACCCUGCUUCUGUUGGGCCACAGAAAUGAAGAGAAGCGCACAACAGUAUCCCCGUGGAACCAAUGUCAGUUAGCAGACCAAAAAGUGGAUCCUGACCUCGAGUUAGCUUCAAGGAAGAAGAAACUGAUUGCCCAUGGGUGUGCAUCCUUUGUAUGUUUUGGAUGCGGUUCCAGUACUGGAACUGAGAGCCAAUAUCCUUUAAAAGUUGGUUCCACCUUUACACAGGAUGAUCUCACACUUACUACUGAUUUUGUUUAUAACAAAGAUACCCCAAAAAAGCUUGGUUUGAAAAGUAGUCUGAAGAGAUCUUUGAUUGAUGGGGUUGGAACUGAGCGAGAAGUCUUAUGCAAGUAUAUCGAUGAUGCGCCAGGAUAUGCAGGAAAGAGAAAAGUGCAUUGGACAGAUGCAUCUGGGGGAGAGCUUGCUGAGAUUAGGGAGUUUGAGCUCAGUGAUAUUGGUGGGUCAUACGAUGAAUAUGAGAAUGGAAUUGAAAGGACCUGUUCAUGCAAGAUAAUGUAGGUUUUUCAGGAAGGCAUUUCUGUUCAUUUUGGCUUUGAACAAGAUAAUACCCACUUUAAAUCCAGUUGACAUUGCAUAUGAGAAGGAAAUGAAUUGAACCCAUUUAGAGGUGUGGAAUUGUGGAUGUGUUCAUCAUGAUAAUGUUUAUUAUGUCUAUAUAUCAAUUCUGUUUUGAUUCCAUGUAUAGACCUUUUUUAUUUACAUUUCUUUUAUGAAGAGUAGCUAACUUAUUUUAAUUGCCUCAA